AUGGGUAUCUCGUGUGAGACGGAGCACUCGGCUCCAUUCACGAACAUUCCUCCACUGUCCCCGACCGGGUCGAGCAACAGCAGCCAGAGUGAGCAGAGCCUUGACGAGCCCGACUUCUCCGUGAAGCCGCUUCCGCUCCCACCGUCCCCUCUGCCUGCCAAGCCCGGCAAGGACGAUGGGAAGCUCCCGGCCUUGCAGAUCGUCCAGGGGGACUGUGACGGCCUGGACCCCAUUCCGGAGGACGAGCUGGACCCCGGCAGUUUCGACCUGGUCAUGCCCGUGGAGCAGAACGACUCGGGCAGUCUCAAGUACAAGCUGGAGAGGAGAUCCGAGCUCCUCUUCUCCAACAGCCACCUGCAGUCCAUCUUCGACGACUCGGCCCACCUGCACCGGUUUUCCAACUUCCUGCACGGCCACCGCCCCGGGUCGGUGCCCCUUCUGACCUACUUCCUGGACGCGUUAAAGGCUCUCCGGGCCAUCGAGUACAGCAACGCCGUGCUCCGACAGCUCGGCCCGCUGGCCGACUUUGAGUUUACCCACGAGUUCUACCAGGCGCAGCACACGAGCAAUCCCGAGCUGCAGGAAAAGGCCAACGCGGCGUUUGACAUCCUGGCGCGCGAGGACCUCCCCAUGUACAUUACCCACGUGUGGAUACAGACCGUCUCGGUGUCGAUUCGGCACAGAAUCAUGGGCACGCCGGGCAGCGCGUCCGAGGGACUGGCCGAGGUGUUCUGCCUCACCGACCCGUCUCGCCACGACAACCCGAUCGUCUUCAUGUCGGAAGAGUUCAACCGAACGACGCAAUAUGGAUGCGACUAUGUCAUUGGUCGAAAUUGCCGAUUCCUGCAGGGGCCGUUUACGAACCCGUUUAGUAUUGCCCGCAUUCGGGAGAAGAUCGAGGCUGGCGUGGAGCAUUACGAGACCUUUCUCAAUUACAGACGCGACGGAUCACCAUUCAUGAAUCUCGUCAUGAUUGCCCCCCUGUACGACAGCCGAGGCGCCAUCAGAUACUUCAUCGGGGCACAAGUAGACGUGUCAGGUCUGGCCAUGGGCUGCUACGACCUUGGCGCGCUCGAGAAAGUUAUCGACGAGGACGCAGCAGCGGAAGCUGGCAAGCCGCGACUGCCACAGCCCAAGGACGAGCUCACCCAGCUUGCCGAGAUCCUGGGGCCCAACGAGCUCGAGGUCGUGCACGAACGCGGAGGCGACAUGCAUCGGCUGCCGCUCCGGAGCGAAACCGGCUUCCGCUCAGACGAGAAAAUUGCCGUGGCGAAGCCCCCGGGCAGGGCAUCGUGCGAAAAAGCCACCGCCCACGCACGCGACGGCUCCAGGAACCGCGUCGUCCUGGGGCAACCGGCGCCGCGAGACCCCGCCGCCUUGAAGACCCAGGCCGGGACGACGGCCGCCUCCCUGGCCGCCCACCACAACGGCCGCCUGACGGGCGUGUACGAGCACUAUUUGCUGGUGCGGCCGUAUCCGUCGCUGCGCAUCCUUUUCGCAAGCCCCUCCAUGCGGGUGCCCGGGAUCUUGCAGUCGCCCCUGCUGGACCGAGUCGGCGGCUCAGAGCAGAUGCGAGACCAGCUCGUCGAGGCGCUCGCCAACGGGCAGAGCGUGACGGCCAAGGUGAAGUGGCUUACGAGCAGCCAGAGGCCGUCUGCCUCGCGACGCUGCGGUCGUCGGCAUGGAAAGAACCCGCACGGCAACCAUCCCCUGGAGGCGCAUUUGGAUGCAGACGACGACGACGUCGAUGCGGCCCGGGAGGCAGAGUCGAUGGGCCGGUCGCGCUGGCUGCACUGCACGCCGCUCGUGGGGUCGAACGGAAAAGUCGGCGUCUGGAUGAUUGUCAUUGUGGAUGACGAGUCGCAGCCCGAAAGCCUAGCCGCGAGGCGUAGUCACGCUGUGACGACGAACACGACGACGACGACGAAGCACCCGUCCGCCGUGUCGGAGCAAUGUCCCGAGAUGAACAGGAGCCAAGGUGCAAGACCGGCGACCCGACCGCGCAGAGACUCUGAGACGCUUGGCCGGCCUACCGCAGCCCCGUCGCCCAGGAGCGAGGACGCAUCCGCAGCCAAGACAGUCCAAAGCCAGCACUCUGCGAGCGGGCUGCGGGCGCCGAGGCCCUCUUUGAAAAGCCCCGGCGUCCCAGCCCGAUUCUUCACCCUCGACGCUCUCUCACGAGCCGCAACAGCAAGAAGAGCCGCCAGCGGGCCCGCCGCACCGGCUUCGGAUCCCAUUCCCCAGCGGCGCGACAGGUCUAGAAGCCGCCCGGCCGGCCCGGCAGAGGAGAGACUGGACAUCCCCGCGCAGUCGUGGCCCACGCCGCCCAACAGUCCGCGAGGAAGCAAGCAGAGCAGAACGCGAGAGGCCACGGCACGCGUGCCCUCGGUCAUCCACGAGGUCCCUGCCGGAAAGAGCGGCUCCAGAAGCCGCGGCAGCCGCGAAGCGGAUGCAGUCUCCCUGCGGAGCCAGGCAAGCCAGCUGAGCCAAAGCUCGGCAUUCACGGUCAAGAUAGAGGAGGCAUCGUAA